CUGGUGGCUGACACUCCAUAGCCGCCGAUGAGUUGGGCGUCUAUUAAAAAUAGCACAACAGACCUGGAUAGUAUUCUUCCUGUGUUUCGGCGCUUAAACAAUAUAUACUUAAAGGUGCAAGAUUCCUCUUUGUUAUAUUCUCGAUAUGCAUUUACAUCUAUCAUUACUCUUCGACUAUGUUGCAAGGCACCAUCUAUGAGCUACUCACCCACCCAAACCCGGUGCUUGACACCCGGCAACAAGUGAAAGGCCCUGUUACCCGAAAUACUGAAUAUGUUAAACUUGAACGAGAAAAUGUCUCUAUUUGGCAUGACUUUACUUUUGAAAACAUUGAAGCUGCGUAUUCGCAUUUGUUUUCCAUUGGCCCUAUCCAGUCCGAGGCAGUGCACCCAUACCCCCGAGGGAGUCCUUCCGAAAUCAGGACAGAAGAUUCUGUCGACAAGAUUUCCUACUAUUGGAAUGCUCUAGUAUGCCGCUACCCAUUCAAGAUCGGCUGUGAGAGAUUGCAGACUGCCUUGGGACUCGUUCGAACCGAUGUGAGCAUGGCAAAGGGCGAGCUACCUAGCCCUCCUUUGGAUGGAGGACGAGACAUGCAUCCAGAUUGGAGUAUCUACUUGAGAGACGAGCGCCGUACUAUACUUGUGUGGGGUGAUAGCAAGUGUAGUAGCAAAUGGUCGUCUACCAAUACGAGAUCCGAUAACUGGAUCUGGCCUUUUCGCCAACUCGCUACCUACUGUGUUAAUGACAGCACACGCUAUGGCUACGUUAUUACACCCGACGAGCUAGUAGCGUUGAGGGUUAUCAUGGAUCCUAUAUCUCGAUGUGGAUAUCGACUUGAAUAUCGAGCUAUUCCCUGGAGUCAACACGGGCCACAUGUUUUAACUGUCAAUCUUGCGAUUUGGGCGCUUGCGAUGAUGAGUGUCAACGACGGCCACAGGUCGAUUGCACCCCAGGAUUGGACUCUUCCACUCAAUAUUUGGUGGCAAGAUAUAAACCGCCGCACUGGCCAGGUAUCCUAUGAGCACCAUCUCUCUGCUAGAACAGCUCAACAGCUUCCACCAGGAGCCAUAGCUCACCAGCGUCCAACUGCUCUACCACCACAGUAUAUACCGGAAGAACCACAGACCGUGCGCCGCUCAACUAGAAAUCGAAGAUAGCAAGUGUUAUAUAGUAUGUCAAGUUAUAGGAACUAAGUUAUUGUAUUUAUUAUAUUGAUAAUCUCUUAAAAUCGAGAACGUGG